CGGGACGCAGAGGCGUGUGUCGCACUCGGGGGUCCCGCUACGCGGUGCUGAUGACAGUGUCCUACGGGGGAAAGGUCCCACCGAAGGAGAGGACUCUCGGAGGAAACGGGGGAGGGGGUCUCCCAAGUGCUGGGGUUCCCCGGAGCGCGGAGAGAGGGGCGUCCCUGCAGGUGGGGGCUGGCGAGGGUCCAGUGUAAGGGCGGUCCAGGCAGGGCGGUCACCCGGGCCAGGAAGGCGGCGCGGGGUGCACAUCGGGGUCCCCACGGCCUCCGGUGUCACGGCCGCCCGAGCAGGUGGGGAGUGUCAGGGGGUCGGCGGGGGUGUCAGGGCCCCGGGGGCGGCCGGCCGCCGGGCUGCUGCUGCUCGGCGCGCAGGGAGCGGGUCACUCGCUGAGCCCGGUGGCGCCCGCGGUGCCCCGGGGGUGCAGGGGAAGGAGGGGUCCCCGCGACCACCCACUCGUCCUUGCCUCCAGCAGCCCCGGCCGCCUUUGUCCCCGACACCCGCAGCCCCCCGGCGCCCGCGUCGGGGUCCCCACGUAGGUGGGCUGCGUACCUGGGGGGCGUGGCCGCCGCGGGGAGGCCGGGCGCGAAGGGGUUAAGCGCAGGCCGGCGCAGCCCCGCCCCCCGCAGGCCGCGGAGCCCGAGUCCCGGCGGCGGAGCCGAGCAGCCGCCGCCCGCUGCCUGCGCCCUGCCGGGCCGCGGACCCUGGACCCCGGAGCCCGGAGCCCGGACUCCGGCCCUGCGCAGCGCCGAGCGGAGCGACGUCCAGCCGGGCCCAGGCGGCCGGUGCGGCGGGGGCGGGUCCGGCUCCUUCGGCGCAGCUUCCAUUCUCUGGGCGGGAGCCCCGGCGCCCCGAUCGGCUGGGCCGGCGCCCACGGCGAGCGCGGCCCGCCCGCGCCCCGGGGACGCUGCCAUGUGAGGCCGCCCCGGCUGGGGGCCCGGCCAUGGCCGGAGAGCGGCCCCCACUGCGGGGCCCCGGGCCCGGGCCCGGAGAGGCGGCGGGGGAGGGGCCGGGGGGCGCGGGCGGAGGCCGGGGCCGCCCCUCCUCCUACCGGGCUCUCCGCAGCGCCGUGUCCAGCCUGGCGCGCGUGGACGAUUUCCACUGCGCCGAGAAGAUCGGCGCCGGCUUCUUCUCCGAGGUCUACAAGGUUCGGCACCGACAGUCGGGACAAGUCAUGGUGCUGAAAAUGAACCGGCUGCCCAGUAACCGGGGGAACACGCUGCGGGAGGUGCAGCUGAUGAACCGUCUCCGCCACCCCAACAUCCUGAGGUUCAUGGGGGUCUGUGUGCACCAAGGACAGCUACACGCGCUGACAGAGUAUAUGAACGGGGGGACGCUGGAACAGCUGCUCAGCUCCCCUGAACCCCUAUCCUGGCCUGUCAGGCUCCGCCUGGCUCUGGACAUUGCCCGAGGCCUGCGGUACCUGCAUGCCAAAGGUGUAUUCCAUCGAGAUCUCACAUCCAAGAACUGUCUGAUCCGUCGGGAAGACCGAGGCUUCACAGCUGUUGUGGGUGACUUCGGGCUGGCUGAAAAGAUUCCUGUGUAUAGGGAAGGAGCAAGGAAGGAGCCAUUGGCUGUGGUGGGUUCCCCAUACUGGAUGGCCCCAGAGGUGUUGCGGGGUGAGCUGUACGAUGAGAAGGCUGAUGUCUUUGCCUUUGGGAUUGUCCUCUGUGAGCUCAUCGCGCGCGUGCCUGCUGACCCUGACUACCUGCCCCGCACGGAGGACUUUGGCCUGGAUGUGUCUGCUUUCCAGACCCUGGUGGGCGACGACUGUCCACUGCCCUUCCUGCUCCUGGCCAUCCACUGCUGCAGUAUGGAACCAAGCACUCGGGCGCCUUUCACUGAAAUCACCCAGCACCUGGAGUGGAUCCUGGAGCAGCUGUCUGAGCCAGCACCCCUCCCCAGGGCCCCCCUGACACACAGUCAGGGGUCUGUGCCAAGAGUGGGUCCCUCAGCGACACUUCCCAGAACAGACCCCCGGCUCUCCCGAAGCCGGUCAGACCUCUUCCUGCCCCCCUCACCGGAGUCACCCCCCAACUGGGGGGACAGUCUGACUCGAGUCAACCCCUUCUCACUACGGGAAGACCUCAGGGGUGGCAAGAUAAAGCUCCUGGACACGCCCAGCAAGCCAGUCGCCCCCCUCCCCCUUGCACCACCAUCACUACUGCCGUCCACCCAGCUGCACUUGGUGACCACUCCAGAGACGAUGGUCCAGCCCGGGACACCUGGCCGACGCUGCCGCUCACUACCCUCAUCCCCUGAGCUCCCCCGACGGAUGGAGACAGCACUGCCAGGUCCUGGCCCCCCUGCUGCAGGCCCAUCGGCUGAAGAGAGAAUGGAGUGUGAAGGCAGUAGCCCUGAGUCAGAACCCCCAGGACCAGCUCCCCAGAGGCCCCUGGCUGUGGCCACAGACAAUUUCAUCAGCACAUGUUCCUCAGCCUCUCAGCCCUGGUCCUCUAGGUCAGGACCUCCCCUUAAUAACAACCCCCCGGCUGUGGUGGUGAGCUCCCCACAAGGCUGGGCUGGGGAAUCCUGGAACCGGGCUCAGCAUAGCCUGCCCCGGGCAGCAGCCCUGGAGCGGACAGAACCCUCACCGCCCCCUUCAGCUCCCCGGGAAUCUGAUGACGGACUGCCUUGUCCCGGCUGCUGCCUCAGCCCCUUCAGCUUUGGCUUCCUGUCCAUGUGCCCCCGCCCCACACCAGCUGUUGCCCGCUACCGCAACCUGAACUGCGAGGCGGGGAGUCUCCUCUGCCACCGAGGACACCAUGCCAAGCCACCCACGCCCAGCCUGCAGCUGCCUGGGGCUCGCUCUUAGCAGCGGAGCCUGUGGUCUCAGGCCUCCGACUCUGGCCUGUAGGACACCAUGAGGACUGAGCAUACAUGCUGGACAGCACCAGCUCCAAAUGGCUGACUGGCACUUCUCCUCAGAUAGGAGACCGACCCUCAGCAUGGACUCAAGGGACGGAGCAUUUCUUCUCGAACCCCUGAGCCUGCUCUCCCAUGGGGAUCACUGAACCAGACAGCAUCGCCGACACACAAGACUAACACGUGCAAAUUAUUUAAAAAAUAUUUCAAUAAAACUGCCUGGCUGGCUCCGGGCUGCUCCUA